AUGGACCGACUUAUUGCUUCCGUCUUUCCUCCCCGAGAGGCGUCCGAGCAACCAGAGGCGUCAUCGACUCCGGGUUCCAGAGUGAGGCUCGCCAAGCAGCUCCGACGAAAGCUGCCCCAAAAGACCAAGGCUGAGAGACACCAGAAUGCAUCACACCCUCCAUCUGGACCCAAACCAAGCUCAAAGAUAAUGGCUGCAGUCCAAAUCACCCUUGAACCCAAACUACACUCAGUGCCGUGUGAGCCUCCCACGACGCAGCCUUUCAAAUCUCCAGCGCAGGCGUCAGCGAGCUCUCCAAGUCAACUGGCACAGAAUUCGUCCGCAAAUUCACGGCCCAGACUAAACAUAGUCAUCGAGCCGUCCCUCUCCCCGGCUGCUUCACCAGGCGCCAACGAUGACAUCCCAGCACAGCAAGUCGAAUACCCCUUCAAUCGACUUUCUGAUCACCGCUGGGCUGGCAACUCCAUCGAGAUCCAGGUCGAAUGGGAAAACGGCGAGUGCACGUGGGAAAAAGAAGCCAUCUUGCACCAAGACGCGCCAGAGGCCCUACUGGGCUACUGGAAGACCAUAGGCGGACGGCCUACGAAUGAAAAAGACCCCGACCUAUUCGACAUCCACGCCAUUCGAAAGCACAGCAGGAACGGGAAGAGCCUUCUCGUUGAAUGGGUAGGUUAUGGACCCGAAGAUGCAACGUGGGUGCCGCAAGCAGUCCUCCAAGAGACUGCCCCUGAUGCAGUGGUUGAGUACUGGAAAUCGGUCAAGGCGGCGAAACGCGUGAGAAAACGACACCGACGUGGCAGUAGGAAUUGA